AUGCCAGUCUAUUCAAUAUCGCAUGUCGAAAAUGUUAGAGUCUGUGUUGUAAUGGUUGGAUUACCAGCUCGUGGUAAAUCACUUAUUUCACAAAAAAUUGUACGAUAUUUAUCUUGGUUAUCAAUAAAAUCAAAAUGUUUUAAUGUUGGAAAUUAUAGGAGAGAGAUAGCAAAAGAUGCAACUAUAAAUGCAGACUUUUUUGACCCAAAUAAUAAAGAAGGUUUACUGUACCGAAAGAAAGCAAUCGACUCCGCUAUAAUAGAUAUGAUGACAUGGUUUGUUGAAGAAAACGGAGUUGUUGGAAUAUUAGAUGCAACUAAUUCAACAAGAGAAAGGAGAGAUAUGAUAUUAAAAAUAUGCCGUGAGAAUCAUAUUGAGCCAAUGUUUAUAGAAAGUUGGUGUGAUGAUAAAGAUUUAAUAUUACAAAAUAUAUUGGAUGUUAAAACAACUUCACCGGAUUAUAUCAAGAGACCAAACGAGUUUGCAACGUCAGAUUUUUUAAAAAGAAUAGAAUUAUAUGAAUCAGUAUAUGAAACCAUGGACACCACGAAAGAUUCAACUAAAACAUUUGUUAAAUUAGUAAAUGUAAAUUCUCAAAUUAUAUUAAAUAGAAUUGAAACUUAUUUAGAAUCAAGGAUUGUUUAUUAUGUUAUGAAUUUACAUAUAAAACCAAGAAGUAUAUGGCUAUCAAGACAUGGAGAAUCUGAGUUUAAUUUAACUGGUCAAAUAGGUGGUGAUGCAAAUUUAUCAGAAAGAGGUUGGAGAUAUGCUAAAAAAUUACCAGAAUUAGUAUUGAAAUCAUUAGGAGAAGAAAAUAAACAUACAAAUUUAACCGUGUGGACAUCAACAUUGAAAAGAACUCAACAAACUGCGUCAUUUUUACCUUACAAGAAAUUACAAUGGAAAGCAUUAGAUGAAUUAGAUGCUGGUGAAUGUGAUGGAAUGACUUAUGAAGAAAUUGAAGUUGCAUUUCCAGAAGAUUUCAAAGCAAGAGAUGAUAAUAAAUACGAAUACAGAUAUAGAGGAGGAGAAUCUUAUCGUGAUAUUGUUGUUAGAUUAGAACCAAUUAUAAUGGAAUUAGAAAGACAAGAAAAUAUUUUAAUUAUAACUCAUCAAGCAGUAUUACGUUGUCUUUAUGCAUAUUUUAUGAAUGUACCACAAGAGGAAAGUCCUUGGAUGUCAAUACCUUUACAUACUUUAAUUAAAUUAGAACCAAGAGCUUAUUCUACUUUAGUAAGUAGAAUUAAAGCUGAUAUUCCAGCUGUAAGCACCUACAAGGAAAAAGGAACUUCACAAUUAGGAGAAGCUAAAACUGGAGAACUGAUUUUUAAAAGUAGAGAUUUAAUUAAUAGUAGUGAUGUUGUAUAA